AUAUCGCUGUACGUGUUAAAACGUUGGGGGAAAAAUAGCUGUAAUACAAUAAAAACAAUAACAUUUAAGCUAUAAAGCCGAAACCGCAAGCCCGUUGUGACAAGUAACUUUUUCGAGCGUAUUCCCAGUGACGACAAAUAACUAAGCCAAUUUAGUUUAGCGGCUCAUUCGAAAGGAACGUAACGCGGCGCGAUUCGAUUCACGCGGUGCGCAUGAAACGAAAGUAAAAAAAAAUACAAAAAUAAGUAAAUAGAGAAGCGCAGCGUACGCAUUUGUGAAAAAGGGAUUUUUACACACAUACAUAUUUAUUGCUCACAUAGCAAAAUAGCGUUCGUAAUAAAAAGUGCGAAAUACGUAAAGUGUAAUAUAUUUUUUUAAGCGAAUUAAAAAUAAAAAUAAAAAACAGCAAAAAAGGGUGGAUGAAAUAAGGUGAAUAAUAAAAGUUGAAAAGCCACAGUUUGUCUUUCAGAAAGCCACACUUGUGCAUUCACAUCGCCACCAGCUUGCAAUUACCCCUUCCUUUACCGCCAACGCCACACCGCCACUAGCAGCAUACCGGCAAAAUGUUGCGUUGCCAGCGCAGCAUAUACAGUGUGUUUUUGCUUUUCACGCUCACGAAUGCAUUCGAUAUUACCAGCUUGGAACCCAUUGCCGAUAAAAAUAUACAAACCGGAAAUCGAAUGCUCUAUGAAAGGGAAAUCAACACAAACAUUUCUCAAGCGGUGGCGGCAAAAGAGGAUGCAGCAGAUGGUGUGAUCGACGUAAAUGAGAUUCCAGUGCGUUAUGAUGAUGCACAAUUGUGGCGCAUCUACAAUAUAUCCGAGCAUAUGCAGAAUAAUAUGCCGUUGGCCGAGACUUUGGAGAAUCAAUUCGGUGGCGUUAUUUGGAAGGAGAAUUCAAAGUUUCUUGACAUCUCUAUCAACAAGGACAACUUGAAAGCAGCACGUAGUUAUCUGGCUGAACAUAAUAUCGAUAAGGAAGUGGUACACACAAACAUACAGGAAUUGAUUGAUGCUGUCGAGCUCGAGGGUAUCAAGGCGACACAAUCAGAGGCGGGUAGCCGUACAAAAAAACAAGCACGCAGCGGCAUUAAUUGGAAGGACUACCAUGAUUUGGAGACGAUCUAUGAUUUUAUGCGUGAAAUACGUAGCAAAUUUCCCAAAAUUUGUCGUUUAUACUCGAUUGGCAAGACGGCUGAAGGACGUGAUCUUAAAGUGCUGAGAAUUUCUGAGAACCCCCGAGAGUACAAAAAGAUUUGGAUCGAUGGUGGUAUACAUGCACGCGAAUGGAUCAGUCCGGCCACUGUGACUUUUAUAGUUUAUCAAAUUUUAUCCAAAUGGGAGAGCCAACCAGCGUAUAUAAAGCAACGUACCUGGUACUUUAUGCCCGUCGUAAAUCCCGAUGGUUAUGUAUAUAGUCGCAAUGUCAACAGAUUGUGGCGUAAAAAUCGUUCACCAUCUUCAUCAUCAAGUUGUUAUGGUGUCGAUUUGAAUCGUAAUUUCAAUAUUAAUUGGAAUGGCCGAGGUUCAUCGACAAACCCCUGCAGCGAUACCUAUCGCGGCACAACACCCGCCUCUGAAUUGGAAACAAAAGCAGUGGAGAAUUUCCUUUCGAGACGUAAACAUAAUCUAUCGGCUUAUUUGACUUAUCACAGCUACGGUCAAUACAUCGUCUACCCGUGGGCAUAUAAAGCAGUAAAAGUAAAGGAUUCUGCUGCGUUGCAACGUGUUGGUAAAACCGCUGCCGAGCGUAUACUUAGCAAAACAGGCACAGUUUAUCGCAGUGAUGUGACGCAUGCGUUAUUGGGCAUUGCCGGUGGCGGUUCAGAUGAUUGGGCGCGAGCAGCUUGCGGCGCUAAGUAUGUAUAUACAGUUGAAUUGCGCGACAAAGGCGAAUAUGGUUUCCAAUUGCCACCUUCGCAAAUACGUGGUACAGCAGAAGAGGGCAUGAUCGUAGCUGAGACGGUAGCCCAGGCGAUUGCGCUUUAAUUUAAUUUAUUUUUUCUAUAUAAGUAUUUGUGUGUAUAUUUGUGUGUGAAAGUAUGAGUAGAAAAAAAGAA